GAGACCCUCCUGCUGGCUGGACAGACUGUACUGAUGGGGGAAAAAAAUCUCUUAGCUGAGAAAGAUUUUUCUUUUGUCUUUUAAGCCCAUUUUUCAGUAGUUUUUACUUACCAUAAUCAUUUUAUUACACACUUUGGUUCCUUAUGGAGAUUUGGAAACUCUCAGCGUUAAUGCUCACCAUACUUGCUCUUGCCUGUAGUGUUCAAGGAUUGUCUUUCACUCUCAACAGAGACCACUGGAUCUCAGAUAACUGGGAGGAUGAACCAGUGGAGGAGACACUAGCCAGCCAAGUGGCCAGUCUACUCAAAAGAUCCAAAUCUCAUCCAUUCUAUGGACUUAUGGGCAAACGCUCCAAAUUUUUCCAGCCUGUGAAAAUGGAACGAAGAAGGCAUAAGGGGGACAUGUUUGUGGGACUCAUGGGCAAGAGAUCUUUAGGAGGUAUGGCUUUCCACUGCUCUACAUACACCAGUGAUUUCAGAAGAACAAUCCCAGAGAGCAGCACAGCAAUGGACAAAUCUGGAGAUUUGAACAAACAAACAGAUGUGCGAGAGGAAUGGAACAGACUGCAGUAUUACUGAUGACAUUAU